CUCUCCUUUCCUCACCCUCGGUCUCGAUCAGUCCAAGGCGGUGGCGGAGGUGGUGCGGCACGGCACGGCGGCCGGCGACGGAGGCGAUGGAUGGCCCGCGUCGUCGACGUCCAGGCGAGGCAGUUCCUUCCUAUGGGCAAUUUGAUGGACUGUUUUCAGUUGAGAUACAUCACAAAGGUUUUUUUGUGGAAGUGAUAGCAACAUGACCUACAUGGAUCAUGAAGUGGACUGGUUUGAUAGCUGCGACAGUGAUACUUGGUCAGUUCUAUGGAUUGAUGAUUUUCUUCUCCAAUUGGGCUAUGACAGAGCAAUGUCCAAGAUAGAUGUGUAUUGGAGCAAACCUGGAAAGUCUUUGUGUGAUGGCCUUCAGUUGAUUGCAUGUGAUGCAGACAUUGUCCUUAUGAUUGCUGCAACAGUAGAUCACAAGAACUUGGUCUUGCUUAUAGACCAUGGUGACACCCUGGAGUCACUAACUGCUGAUGAUGUGUUGGUAGAGGGGAUGCUUGAGCUGCCAAGGGUUAUUACUCCAGUUAAGUCAACAAAGGGAAAAGAAAAUGUGGACAACUUUGAGAAACCAGAAAUUGCAACAGAGAUGAGAUGUAACUACAAGAAAGCAAAGAGAUUCAUGUCAUUUGGUGAGGGUUGUAGCUCUAGGGUUCCAGAUCGAGAAUUUGAGGAAGAAGAUGGCAAUUGUGACAGUGAUGAUAGUGGUGCUGAAGAUGCAGGUGACAGUAGUGAAGAACAUGUAGAUGUAGAAGUUGAAACUGAUGAGGAUUUCUAUGAGAGUGAUUGCGAAGUAGCACAAGGUGAUGAUGAUCUGUUUGAGAGCUAUGUAGACAAAGAUGUUGAUGACCAUAGACAGAAGGAGAUUGUGCCUGACUUUGAAGGAGAACUUCCUGAAGAUGCCCUAGAUGACAGUCAUCUAAACCUAUCAAAAGAAGAAGGAGACAAGCUUAGAUACAAAUUCAGCACAUUCAAUCCGUCCACUGACCUUAAAGCACCAACUUUUAGAGUUGGCAUGCUUUUUGCUGAUAUGAAAGAGCUAAGGCUUGCUGUGGUUGCAUAUAGUGUAAGAAACAGAGUAAAGGUUAAGAAGAUAAGGAAUACGGCCACCAAAUUUGAGGCAGUAUGCAAGCCUGGAUGUACUUGGUACUUGAAGGCAGGCAAAGAUAACAGGAGUACUAGCAUUCAGAUAAAGAAAUACCUUGACAAUCACACAUGCACCAAGGCUUGGGAUCUAAAAGCUUUGACUGCACCAUUCCUGACUGCACAAUUCAGAGAAGAAUUCAGAGACAAUGAGAAGAUGCCUUUGAGAAAGUUUUCAGAUAAAGUGGAGCAGGAAUUCAACAUGGUAGCAAAGAGAAGUAAGCUGGGAAGAGCAAGAAGAGCAGCAGUUAAACAAAUUAGAGGUGAAGAUGAUGACCAAUACAAUAUGUUGUGGGACUAUGGCCAAGAGCUUAGGAGGACUAACCCAGGAAGCAAGUUCUUCUUGUGCACUACGGAGGUUUUUGAUGAUAAAACUAAAGAAACAAAAGACCACUUCUCAACACUGUACUGGUCAUAUGAUGCAUGUAAGAGAGGGUACCUUAAGGCUUGCAGACCAAUAAUUUUUCUCGAUGGGUGCCACAUAAAAACUAGAUACAAAGGGAACUUACUUACAUCAGUUGGUGUUGAUCCCAAUGAUUGUAUUUUCCCCAUAGCAUUUGGGCUAUGUGAAGUUGAGUCAACAUAUAGUUGGGAGUGGUUCUUAGCCACUUUAAAGGAUGACUUGAAUAUAAGCAACUCUUCUCCAUAUACAAUAAUGAGCGACAAGCAAAAGGGUUUAAUAGCAGCAGUGCAAAAAGUUUUCCCUUAUGCUGAACACAGACACUGUGUUAGGAAAAUCUACCAGAACUUUCAUAAAAUACACAAGGGAGACCAACUCAAGAAUGAUCUAUGGGCAAUAGCAAGAUCCACACAUGAAAUUGCUUAUAGUAAGAACAUGGAGCAGAUGAAGGAACACAGCCUUGCUGCAUACAAGUGGGUGGAGAAGUUGGCACCUAAAACAUGGAUCAAAGCAUUUUUUCCCCUUUCCGCAAAUGUGAUAUCCUUCUAAACAACAUGAGUGAAGUUUUCUACAGUUAUAUUCUGAAUGGAAGAGAGCUGCCAAUAAAGUCCAUGUUGGACUAUAUUUUCCACAAGCUAGCUAACAGGAUAGUUGGGAAGCAGAGAGAAGCUGAGAAGUGGACUGGUAGACUAUGCCCCAAAAUUCAGAAGAAAUUAGACAAAUAUGUUGAGUGGGCAAAGAACUGCAGGGUAAAAGAAUAUGGCAAAGGUGUAUUUCAGGUUAUG